UUGCUGCCAGAAAACGGUGGACAAACUUCCGGCUUGAUCCUGUUCUAAAGAUUUAAAAUGUACUGGAAGGGGAUAUUAAACCUUACGCUCAAACUUUGUGCUCGCUGUUUGCUCGGUGGAGCUUCGGUUGAAUCUGAUAUCUUCUUAAAGGGACAGCUCUUAAUUUCUGCUUGCAGAGCACACAGAGAGGACGUGAUGUUCAGGCCACAUGUGAGUGUGAAAGCUAUAGGGCGGCUCGGUCACAUCAAGAUGAAACCAGACUUCACUACUUGGAGGAAACUGGCAGGUUUGCAGCAGCUUACAGGGAAAGUUCGGUGGAUGAGCAACACCAGACCCGCUCCUGUUUUGACAGCCGCUCCUGUUCGCGCCCUCGUUGACGAGCAGAUCAUCAUUAGAGGGCACUUCCUGCCCCCACGCUGUCCCGUCACUGUGCAUGCAAGAAUGCACUGCGACGAGGGAGUCCUAUGGGAGUCAAUCGCUCAUUAUAACACAGAUGAGAGGGGAACUUUUAGCUUAACUCGUGAUCUUUCAGUUGGAGGCUCCUAUUUGGGCUGCGAGCCGAUGGGACUCUUCUGGAGUAUGCGGCCAGCUCCUGGAGGAAGAGAAGGUUUAAGACUGAGGAAGAAGAAUGUGGAGAGUCCUUACAUGGUGCAUGUUUCUCUGCUGGAAGGCCACGUCUCAGCCAGCGAAGGGCAACGCUCUGAGCUGGCAGCGGUGACUGCUGAACGGUGGUACAUCGCACCAGGAGUGAAGAGGAUAGAGAUUAAUCAAAAUGGACUCGUAGGAACAUUGUUCAUACCACCUGGUCCAGGCCCGUUUCCAGCCAUGUUGGAUCUGUGGGGAAUGGGUGGAGGACUGCAGGAAUACCGCUCCUCUCUCCUUGCAUCCAGAGGCUACGCUAGUUUUUCUCUUGCCUACCUUGGGCACAAAGAUCUGCCUGGCCCACUAAACCGUAUCAAUGUCAGAGAUUCAUAUUUUAAGGCUGCCUUCCUCCUGCUUCAGGAUCACCCUCAGGUCGUCUUUGGCCUCUCCUUCGGAUGCUACUUUAUGCUUCGCAUCGCCACCAAAACCGGAGUUAAACCAUCUUGUUUGGUUUGUAUCAACGGCCCUGUGGGAGCCGUUGAUACAAACUACGCAGUGUCACUCUUGAAAUCAGACGGCAGGACAGAAGAGUCUGACAGUUCCCAGACAUUUUGGAAUUUUGAUGAUGAGGGCUGUGUCAUUUUCAAAGAUGUCACUCUGCCUGCUAAUAUUCCUCCUGACAAGUUUCUUAAGGUGGAGAAGCUCGACUGUCCUCUGAUGUACAUAGUGGGUGAAGAUGACCUGACUACUGCGAGCAUUGAGAACGCAGAUCUGAUUGAGGAGAGGUUAAGGUUUGCAGGUAAAUCCCACCUGUUCACCCGCUUGUCCUACCCCGGCGCUGGUCACCUGAUUGAGCCGCCCUAUUCCCCGAGUGCAAGAGCGUCCAUGUGGUCUGUCAAACCCAAGAAAUUGAUCACGAUGUGGGGCGGCCACCCUGCACCGCACGCUGCUGCCCAGGAAGAUGCAUGGAAGAAAAUGUUGGAUUAUUUGGAGAAAAAUCUGAGAAGCUGAAUAUCUGGAGAGAUGCUGGAUUUGAGGAAUGUUUAUACGAAGAAACGUAAAUUGGAGCUCAAGUUCAAUUUGCACAAAAAUGGACAAGUUAAUUUGUUGCAAUGCAGUAAAUUGUAGAUCAUCCACAAAAGAGAGCCGCUUGGUUUUAGCUGUUAUUCUAGUGCCAACCACUGGACACACAUCAGCGAGGAGGAAAUUCACAGCAGCAGCAAAUCUUUACAUAUAUUAUGUUUUAUAAAACUCCUGUAGAAACCGAGCUGCUGCUGGAUGAUGGUUUCUGAACCAUCAUCCAGGUACGGAAGAUGGUUCCCAAAUACUGAUCCAAAUACUGGGCAUUUCAUUUCAAGCAGCAAAGUUCAUAAACUACUGAACUGUGCAAAAAUGUACCAAUUCCCCAAGCAGAAUAAAUCAUGUUAUGAAAAA